AUGGAUUCAGUUAGACAAGUUGUUACACGUACUGCUCUUGGACUUGCCGAGUAUGUAACACCUAUACUAAGAGAGUCUAAAUUCCGGGAAACAGGAGUCAUCACUCCUGAAGAGUUUGUAGCAGCAGGGGACUUUUUAGUUUAUCAUUGUCCAACUUGGCAAUGGGCAACUGGCGAUAAAGGUACUCGUCCUUAUCUUCCCAAAGAAAAACAGUAUCUGAUUACUCGCAGUGUACCUUGCUACAAAAGAGUGAAGCAGAUGGCAGAUCAUAACGAAGAGUUUGAGGAAGUGUUAGAGGAAGAGGAUGGUGAUGGUGGUUGGGUAGACACACACCAUUAUGCGACUAAAAGUGACAAUCCUGAGAUCGAAAAUGCAAAUGAAAUGACUGUUUUGAAAUCGGAUAAUAUAUUGAAUCAUCAGCAAAGUAACACAGUUUCCGAUUGUGAAGAAGAGGAUGAAGAUAUGGAAGCUUUUCUGCAGAGUGGUAUGUUGGAUGAAUGCGAUCCAGCAGCUGUUAAUGCCCGUACAAAGGUACUCAAUACAUCAAGCUCAAACCAGAAGGCAAAUUGUGAAAAUAACGGAAUUCUCCAAUUAAGAACUUAUGAUCUGUAUAUCACCUACGAUAAAUAUUAUCAAACACCACGUUUAUGGUUGUAUGGUUACAAUGAACAUCAUCAACCGUUGACGGAAGCUGAGAUGUAUGAGGACUUCAGUCAGGAUCACGCGAGGAAGACUGUCACGACUGAAGCACAUCCACACUUGUCCGGCCACAUGAUGCCGUCGAUUCAUCCAUGUCGACAGGCUGAUGUAAUGCGGAAAUUAAUUGAAGCUGUAGCUGACGGUGGGGCUGAAUUAGCUGUUCAUCAAUAUCUUAUGAUAUUUCUAAAAUUUGUCCAAGCUGUUAUACCUACAAUUGAAUAUGAUUAUACACGAAAUUUCAAUCUCUCUUCAUUUGCUUAG